UCCUAGUGGCUGACUGUUCUGGGCCGCAUCACACGCCCGCCUCCCGUCUCACUCACCGCCGCUUUGAGCGCCCACAAUAUCAGCCUUGCGGCUAUGACAAUGUCCACUCUUUUCGUUGAGGCUGAGCCUCACCGGAUUCCUAGGCGCGAAGAAGAAGCCCAUAUCAGAAACGGUGAAGUGACGCCGACCCCGUCUAACGUACCCGAUGCCACCUAUCUCGAAUAUGUAGGCGCCCACUUCCCUCCGGGGUCCAGAAAGGGGUCCUUCCCAAUCUAUCCGAACGUCGUCGAUGUCAGUGAGGAUGAGGCUACCACGGCGCAGUCUGACGCCACUGCGCCUAGCACCUAUGAACUGCCGCACAGCCACGCUGGAAGACUCUGGCAUACUUCAUCAUCAGCACUCGCGCGCGAUCCACUACGUGACCACGCCUACAUCUCGAAAGCUGGCUUCACUGAGCUCCAACGCCAACGCUCCAACAAGGCUCGGCAUCGUAACGGAUCCAGCGUCUUCCAUCAGGGCACCCGUCCACCUCCAUCCGCCUCUUGCUUCGAUCACAUCAACCUACAACAACAUAGACUGACGAAGAGCAGCUCGAUCCGAUCGUUCGCGAGGAAGCACGCUGACCCAAACACACGAGACGUGCCUGAGUACGAUCUCAGGCCACAGCGAAGACAAUGGCCCUCCGGCGCCACCUCACGGCUAUACUUCAUACUCAGAAGCUUUGGCGGCUUUCCCGGAGAGCCACACUCCCUCACUGUGCUCUGCGGUGACGGACGAGGAAGGACCGUACGGGGAAGGCGUGGGCCCUUCUCCACCUCACCCCUAUUCGACGUGGGACCAAUAUGAGAGCCAACAUCAAUCUGAGGAUGCGCAGACAAGCGAUAAUGUGUGGCAGUGGGAAUACCGUUCCUGAAAGACCCUGAAUCCUCCAAGGGAUCCUGAGAGCAGUCGCAGGUCGACAUGUUCUAAAAUGGCGAGUAGCAAUCCCUCGGCCUCCUCUUCUUCUUUUAUUGCGUGCUGGCUUCAGAGACAAUCAAUUUUUCCACUUCGGG